AUGCCUGCCCCCAGAAAAUUCCUGGAGUCGUCCACCUCGUUGCCCCUGGCGCUGGACUGGGGCUGGAACCUGAGCUUGUACGUGGGGAUGCUCCUCGGACUCCUGGUGCUGAUGCUGCUCCUCCUCUGGAUGCUCCUCAAGCAGCUGAGUAACUCGCAGCAAAGCAGGGCAGAGAAACAUGAGAAAGCAGCUCUCGUUAAAAAUGUGUUUGUUUGUUUUGCUCUCUUCCCACAGGCGUACAGAGGCAGCGUGAGACCUUUCGUCAACUUCAACGCCAAACAAGAUGCUGAAGUUCUCCAUAGAGCCAUGAAAGGAAUCGGUACGGAUGAAGAUGUGGUCCUCAUGCUUUUGUCAGCGCGCAGCAACGAUCAACGCCAGCAAAUUGCGACAGAGUACAAAAAGGCCUACGGAAAGGCCCUGGUCAGCGCACUGAAAUCCGAGCUCGGUGGGCUGUUUGAGAAUCUGAUUGUGGCGUUGAUGAGCCCGCCUGCCUCAUAUGACGCUUCCCAACUGCACAAAGCUCUCAAGGGCGCUGGGACUGAGGACGACGUGCUGAUUGAGAUCUUGGCCUCAAGGACCGGCGAACAGAUGAAAGAUAUCAUCAAAGUGUACAAGAAAGAGUUCAACGGAAAGCUGGAGAAAGAUAUCUGCAGUGACACCUCGGGUCACUACCAAAAACUGCUGGUGAUCCUCCUGCAGGGGAGCAGGGAGGUGGGAGUAGACGAGGAGAAGAUAGAGAAAGACGCUAAGGACUUGUACGCUGCCGGUGAGGGAAAGUUUGGCACAGAUGAGGAAAAAUUCAUCACAAUUCUUGGCAACAGAAGUGCAGAGCAUCUCAGAAGAGUGUUUGAAGCCUACAAGAAGCUCUCUGGCUCUGAACUAGAGGAAAGCAUUGAAGGAGAGACCACUGGGAAUCUGGAGAACUUACUGCUGGCUGUUGUGAAAUGUGCCAGGAGUGUCCCACAGUUUUUUGCUGAAGGCCUGUAUGGAUCUAUGAGGCGUGCUGGAACUGAUGACGACACCCUCAUGAGGAUCAUGGUGUCGAGGAGUGAGGUGGACAUGUUGGACAUCAGAGCCUGCUUCAAAAAGGCGUAUGGAGCGUCUCUGUACAGCACGAUCCAGGAGGACACAACUGGAGACUACCAGAAGGCUUUGCUCUACCUCUGUGGUGGAAAUGAUUAA